GUGCACACGGCCCACUCACCUGUGUCGUCUGCUAUCCACAGCGAUGCGAGCAUAGAGAUAUAUAUCCCUAUACAGUUCCCAUGUCGUAUUAUGUUUUCCACAGAGGCUUUCUGGAAUAUCUGCAAAAAUGGUCGAAUUUCAGCCGGCGAUUGAGCUUCCAAUAUCAAAAGAGAAAUUAGAGGAAUUAAUUGAAGACAUGAAGGAUCGGGCGUAUGCCAUGGGGGUACUGUUCCGUCCUUCCAAGCAGACGGUACAUGGACCCAUUACGCUGCUCCCAUCCACCUUCCCAAGACUUCUCUACAACAAAGCAAUGCAGUUACAGACCGACAUCAAUCUUCUUAUGCUGGGGAUCAGCAAAGACGAUGGUUUCCUCAAAGCAGCUCUUAAAAGUGUAUUCCCCGUUGAUGAAUUCACAAGGCGCCUAUAUGAAAUGCAUCAACAAGUUGAAAGAGAAGGAUACAAAAAGCCUUUAAGACUUUGUAUCAACCGGACGGACUAUAUGGUGGAUUGCAAGGAGAAAGAUGGCGAACCUUUCCUGGACCUAUCCAUGGUUGAGAUUAACACCAUAGCUGCAGGGUGUCCAGCUCUUAGUACAAGAUUAGUAGAUGUACAUAGGUUUAGUUUAGAGCAGCUUGGUAUGAGUAGAGAGAAGGUAUUAGAUCGUGUACCGGGUAACUACGGAAUGGAAGGAGUAGCUGAUGGGAUGGUGACCACGUGGCGAUUAUACGGAGAAACAAAAGCAGUCAUACUAUUUGUUGUACGACCGGAAGAGAGCAACAAAUUUGAUCAGAGAUGGAUGGAGUAUGGUAUCAAGGACCUGGAUGAUCGGGUGAAGGUCAUUAGAAGGACACUACCAGAGAUAGGCGAACGAGCCGAACUACGGGGAGACGAAAGAAGAUUAUUCAUAGAUGAUAUGGAAGUUGCAAUUCUGUACUAUCGAACUGGAUACUCACCCAUCGAUUAUCCGACAGAAUUGGAGUGGAAGGCGAGGUUGUUAGGUGAGCGAUCCAGGGCUGCUGUAUGUCCUUCUGUGUCCGAACAGCUAGCUGGGACCAAAAAGAUUCAACAAGUACUCGCCGAGCCUGGCUCCGUCGAAAACUUUAUCGAUGGAAAGGAGAGGGUGGACAAUAUACGGAGCGUUUUCUCAGGACAUUACACGCUGGAUCUAACACCUGAUGGUGACGAAGCGGCAAAGAAUGCUAUUGCAAACCCAAUGAAGUAUGUUAUGAAGCCACAGAGGGAAGGUGGAGGAAAUAAUCUGUUCGGUGAGGAGAUAAAGCAAGCCUUAGAAAAGCUUGGCAGAACACCAGAGAGGGCAGCCUACAUGCUGAUGGACAAGUUCAAUCCGCCAGUCAAUCUGAAUUAUUGCAUGAAGUAUGGAAACGCGGAUAUUCAACUUGGGAAAGUGGCUAGUGAAUUUGGUCCCUUCGGAACAUUAGUGAGCCAUAACGAUGAAGUGGUCUUCAAUAAGACAACUGGAUAUCUCUACCGAGCCAGAGACAUCAGCCUGAACGAAGGAGGGCUUAUGACCGGAACUGGAUUCCUGGACACACCUUAUCUAUCUGUUCCUCCCCAAGUUGUGCAAAUGGAGUAGACAGAAUCAUGAAAUUAAUAGACUCACUUCGUGGACACAUACACUAUCUUUGACUGAGUUUGGUCACUACAUCCAUAAGAGUUUCCCAAAGUAGUCUUAAAUUUCAAGCACAUUGUUUAAGCCCAUCACUCUAACAACUAUUGUUCAAAAUUUUAAACAACCUGAGUUUUAUAUUUUUUACAAACGUUCUGAUUAUAAGUUGUAACAACUUGUCUAAAGUUUUAAACAAAAGUUUAAAUGAUAGUUGCUAGACGUGCCUGAAAUCUUAAACAGCGUUUUUUUUCCAGUGAAAACUGGCUCAAUGGAAUAGUUCCAACUCAUAGACAAGUCUUGCCUGAUUUUGCAAUCAAUGAAAUAUGCAAUAUGAUCUUUGACCCCUAGAUGACUUUUUGACCUAAUGAUCCUCAGAACAAAGCAUGUGGUAUCACCCAGUGAUGAUUAAUUUGUACCAAGUGAAAAUGCAACUAAUGCAAAAAAUAAGGAAAUACAAGCAAGUUUAACCAAAACUUGAUAAAGGGCUGGACAUAUGACCUCAUAUCAUAUGACCUUUUGACCCAUAGAUGAAGUUGUCCUCAUGAACACACAUGUGGUAUUACCAAAGGAUCAUUUGUACUCUGUGAUCAUAAUUUAUGAAGAAAUGAGAGCAAGUUGAACAAAAACUUGCCCUUUUGACCCCUAGGUGACCUUUGACUCAAUUAUCUUCUAGAAUCAAAUUAGGAAUUACAAAAGGAUCAUUUUUACUUAGUGUAAACACAACUGAUGCAAAAAUACAGAAGUGAGAGCAAGUUGAACAAAACUUAACCUUCUGACCCCAUGAUGACCUUUGACCCCAUCAUUCUCAUUAACACACAUGUGAUAUUACCCAAGGAUUCUGAGGGCAGCUCAGAAGUCAUCAAGGAAGGUCUCAAGUCCCACUGUCUUUUUACAGGGACUACCCUAACUAGUUCCAACAUGCAUUCAGACUUUGAAAGCACAUUUUAGUGCAGAAGAGUAAUCAUUUAAUGAUUUAGUCUAUUCCAGUUAGGAAAACAUGCAGAAAGAAUAUUAUGUUACCAAAGAAUCAAUUAAUACCUCCAAAAACAAAACAUGCUGUAUACAUUCCCUUGUGAAAGACAAAGACUUUACUGUUCCAGUGUUUGAUCAUCAUGUAUGAUGAAUUAUGAUAUUAAUGAUAACAUUAUCAUGUUCAACAGGGCCCGCUGGUAGUUUUUAGCUGAAGUGGGUAGAAUAGUCUGUUAUUAUCGUUUUAAUACUAUUUAUCAAUUGUAUAGUAUUGUAAUAGAUGGGUAUGGUUCAACAACUGUUGGGACCACAUUAUUGACUCUAUUUCAAGCUUGAUGGGAGACAAAAUCAAAAUCAAUACAUUCUUUUCAGUUUAUUUUCACAUAAAGUCUAAUUAUUUUGAAUAGAUUUAGAUAUUUCUCGUGAACAGAAACCAAGCCUGUGGUUGAUUCGAUUCCCAAAUGCUUUGUUCGUUGUCAGAGUGCAUGUUUAAGGAAACAAAGUCUUAUCUUCAAUGAGAGAGAAACAUUGAUAUCUCGGGCUUGGUACACUUUGACAAAUACCCUUUUUACACAGGAUUUUCUUAGCCCCGGACUAUCCUUAACCCCG